GCCCAGGUAGUGAGUUUCCCUGAACCCCGAAACGAAACGGAAUCUCCAGCUCACCCUCUCUUCUCAGCCGAUCCGGAAAGAACAAAAACCAAAAUGCCAACCCUCGAAUCCGAAGCCUUCAAGGCCAAGAAGCCCACCGUCCCGCCGACGUACGACGGCGUCGACUACGAUGAUAACGUUGCCGUCCACAAUGCCCGUGACGCGGUUAUCCGGGAGCAAUGGGUGCGCAGCAUGAUGUCGCGUCUUGUCGGAGAGGAAUUGGGGAAGUGCUAUUCUCGUGAGGGGGUGAAUCACUUGGAGAAGUGCGGUGUUUUGAGGGAAAAAUAUUUUGAGCUCAUCGGCGAGCGCAAGAUUAGGGGUUACCUAGGACAGGAGAAGAACUAUUUCACGGAGAAAUAAGCGGGCUUUUUUUCUAUGUUUUAUUGAAUGAAAAAAUGGAUUCCUCCUCUACGUCUUAUCUGUUUUACGGUAUUUUGUCGGGUUAUUUAGCUUUUCGAAUUCAUGGACCGGAUUCAUAUCAAUUGAGAACCGCUUUUGCGACGACUAUAUCGGGCGAUCGAUGGUUAUCGGGUGCAUGCGAUCUCGUGCUGAGGUGUGCGUGAGGAGUCUAGGAAGAUUUGAGAAUGAGGGCGAAUGGUGUACUUGUACUGUACAUAUGUUACUGAAACUCAGGGCUUUAUUGACGUGACAAGUUCAAAUAUGGUCUUUUCGUGCUCUAACCAAACAAGAAUUAUGGACGUCAG